AUGGAGUUCUCGGACGAGGAUCUCUUCGGAGACAAAGAGGUGGAGGAUACCUUACUGGAGGAGGAGUUCUUGGCAGCAAAAGAGAUGCCGGAAGAUACCCUCAACGCUAAUGGCAACGGCAAUGGCAACGGCGAUGGAGCUAAUGGUGCAGCCACGGCUGAUGGUGGUCCGCAACAGCUCCCUGACCAAGCCCCGAUAAUCCCGUCAAAUCAAAACGACAAUUCCCAACCGCAGCCCCACCAUGACCAACGUCGUAUGAGCCCAUGGAGUCAAUUUCUAUAUUCCCAGGCUCAACAACAUCCUCAUGAACAAGCGCCCAUAAAUCCAUCUGUUCAAGAUGCCACUUCGCAGGCGGGUGGUGUACAAGAGCUCCCUAUUGACCCACUUCUUGACGCCCUCAGUCAAGAGUGGAAUGCCCAAGGCGGUGGUCUGCCACAACAACAAGGCCUUAUAAAUCCAUUGACUCAAAAUCCCAAUCCAGAGCCGGCCCCUGAAACCUAUAGUAACGAUAGUAACAAGACUAUAAACGAGUUCCUUCGCGAUGAGGGGUUCAAUGCUCACGCCCUUGAACAAGCACCUAACGAUAAUUAUACUUACGAUUUCGAUGCGGCGGAGAAUUUUUUUGAUCAGAUCAACUAUCGCCCACAAGAAAAUUUUCAAGUAGGAGGCGGUCCGGUGCCAGGAGCAGCAGAGGGCGGCGGUUUCAAUGCUCAGAUCCAGCCUGAACAAGCACCUGUUGGAGGUCUGGGUCAGCACCCACCUCCUGAUGGUGGUAGUCAAGGCGGGGAACAAAACAUCUUGAAUCAGGAUUCCAAUAAUUUGGAAUCACCUGUGAUGGAGAAUUUCAUGGGCCCAAUGUGGCUACCAGAAAAUAUAGAGGACCAUGUGAUCUCAGAUAACCAACAGGGCGGUUCAAACGUCGUUCCAGGAGGUGCUAUCCAACAACCUCAUCACCCCGAAAAUCAGCAAUUCACCGGUUCAACAGCUGCUCCAGGAGGUGUGGGUGGCCCCUUUAAUCCUGAAAAUCAACAACUCAACCAGAACAACGGGACACAAAAUGGUCAAGGAGGUGCUAUCCAACAACCUCACCCUCAAAAUCAGCAAUUUGCCGGCUCACAAGCUGUUCCAGAAAUCGUUAACCAACAACAUCCCCCUGAAAACCAGCAGUUUCCCGGCUCACACGCUGCUCAAGGAGGCUUCAACAACGGAUACCAGCAACUCAACAACGGACAAGCAGGUCAACGAGGCGGUGGUGGUGGUGGCCAAUUUAACAAUGGAGGCCAGCAACUCAAUAAUGCACAAUAUGGCCAACAAGAAGAGGAAGCUGCUAUUGACCUCCUUAACUUGGGCGGUGCACGAACUGGUCAAGUAGCUGGCGGUGGUCAGUUUAACCAUGGAGGCCAGCUACCCAACAACAGACAAACGGGUCAAGGACAAGGAGGCAUGGGUGCUCGUAAUCUUCCUCAGAAUGGAUACCAGCACUUCGGUGGCGCACAAACUGGUCAAGGAGCCGGCGGUGCUCAGUUUAACAAUGGAGGCCAGCAAUUCAAUAAUGCACAAUAUGGCCAAGAAGAAGCUGCAUUUGACCUCCUUAACUUGGGCGGUGCACAAACUGGUCAUGGAGCCGGUGGUGGCCAGCUUCACAAUCGAGGCCAGCAACCCAACAACGGACAAACUGGUCAAGGUGGCAUGGGUGGACCUUUCAACCCUCAGAAUCAGCAACCUGACCAGUUCAACGGCAUGCAACAUGGUCAAGGAGGUGCUGCUGGCCAGUUCAACAAUGGAGGCCAGCAACCCAGCCGUGCACAAACUCCUCAAGGAGGCAUGGGUGGCUACUUGAGUCCUGCAAAUCAACGACUUAACCAUAACAACGGUAUGCACAAUGACCACGGAAGCGCUGGUGGCCACUUGAGUCCCGUAUAUAACAACCAACAGGCCGGUCUGCCAAAUGCUGCCGGAGGUGCCAAUCAGCACCUUUCCCCCGGGAAUCAACCACUUCCCGGUUCACCAUAUGGUGCAGGAGGUGUUGUUGCCCAGCCCGGCUCCGGAGUCCAGCAAUUUCCUGGUUCACCUUAUGGUGUGGGAGGUGCUGGUAGCCCACUUCACCCUGAACCUCAACCACAACCUGGAUUUGGUAAUGUCAGCCCACAAGCGGUUCAGAAUAACAAUGGCGGGAUUCCAGAUCCCAAUCAGCCGCCGGCUGCUCAACUGCCGCUUGUAGGAUCUGCUCCCGCAGAACCACGCCCGCCUCCGGUGGUGACCCCUCCCGUUUUCCCACCUGGUACUCCGCAACCGGACAGCUGGGUGGCCCCGGGCUCCGGCAAUGAAGUCGUCAAGAUUCGAGCCAUAAAAGUCCGCAACCUACAUGGUAUCCAUCCCCAUUCCGUGUACUACUACAGAGCGCAGACGCAGCCCUGGGGCACUGAGUACAAUGAACAGGGUCGACCAGGCCCGAACCUGUUUGUCUAUGCCAACAGCCAGCCGCUGGCCAGGGCCGAGCUGGUAGCCUCGAAAGUCUACACAGCAUCGCAGCUCUCCCUGUUCUUCCGAGGCGAGGGUCAUCCAAACCGGCCCAACAGGCACCUCACGUUGUGGAUUCAAAACCUACCGCUUUUGGUCGCGGAUCGGUACGCGCAAAAGGAAACAGGAAAAUGUAGGUACAAGGAAUGCGCGGCGAAACCCAACCACACGAUCCUGAAGGGCUUCCACCGCAUCGCCUUUGACGAACACUCCCACCACACCGGCGACUACUACGACCCCUACAACAACGCGGGCUACAUGCACCUGUGGUGUUUCGAGAAGGCCUUCGACGCCGGUUAUUUGGUGUGGGACGUCCAGGAGCGUCCUCACUUGUACGGCUUCCGCAUAGAGGCGGACGUGCGCCACCACCGGUUCGAAGAAAAAAACAACGCCUCCCUCAACCGCGACCACAAUCUGCACGACACAUACCGACAGUGGAAGAACGAGCAAUGGGAGCGCUACGUCCAGCUCCGGCACCAGGAAGCUACAACGGGCCAACGCUAUGAUCCUUACCAGUCUGUCGAUGGAAUCUCCAAUGACAACCGUCUCUGGAGACGACUCACUGAUAAGCAUAUUGCCGAGGAAGUUCCUGCUAGGGCAAGAAACCGCGCCAACAGGAAUGUCACGGGUAACACGAUUGAUAAUCACAGGGGAGAUCUUGCUCAGUUCAUUCGGGUUAAAGCAGGCGGAAGUCCAAAUGCAACACCGGCUCCGGAGUCAGGGCCGGGAGGCUCAGGCGGCCCAUCAACGCCCAGCCCCAAUAAGAGAAAACGUAACGGCGCGGCCUCUGGCGAAGAAGAAGAUGAAGCAGGGUCAACACCAGGCUCAAAAAAGUCACGCACGACCACAUCCAUGGCGCCCCCACCCCUCCCUCCCAGCAGCAGCACCCCCCGCCGCAGCACCCGGCGCCAAUCCCUCGCCCUAGCCCACGACCUCGAAGAACAAAUCGUAACCGCCGGCGAGAGUCCCCUCACGCGCUCGCGUGCUACGUUCCUGGGGCAGCAGCUGAACCAGCUCCCCGAGCACUUGCAACAAGACGUGAUCAGCCAUGCGCCGCAGGCCAUCUCGCCUUUGUUCCUGCAGAACUGGAGACCGGAGCACUGGGGCGCGGUGCUGCAGGAGAGGGUGAGCAGGAUGACGCCGUAUCAUCAGGGGCUGUUGGUGCAGUAUGCGGAGAAGACGGAACGGAAAGCCCAGCUGGAGGGGAAGAAGAGGUGGAGGAGUGAUCCUUGA